UUUCUAAGCAGGCUAAAGAGAUUAGUGCUGAAUCCACGAUAUCCACUCCAGCAAGUUAUAAAGCGUUUGAGCGAAAAAAUGUCAAAUAAUUCGUUCCCAGAGUGCACAUCUCCACUGCCCGAUAACAUUCCAAUGAAGAGGAACAUGGGACCACUCCCGUUUGAAAUGAGUGAUGCUCAACAAUUUCAACAAAUUUAUUCAAAGAAUUUGUUUUUUUCAGUGACAGAGGGUAAUAACUGUGUACAGGUUAGAGGUAAAGUUUGCUUGAUAAGAAACAUUAUAGUCCCUGUACACACUUCAGACAUUGCUUUAGUAAUCGAGCAAUUUUCCUCAUCAACUAACUUUUUCACCAGUCCACUUGAUUCUUCGAAGUUAAACAUAUUUAAAGUGUCUGAUCUGACAGGUUUGUUUGAACAUGUAUCGCUUUCAGAAGUUGAAAGAAAAUUAGUACUUUUACCUUAUAAAAGUUCAUUUAUCGCACUUCCACUUGAAUAGGUAUCAAGCAUAGGUCUAAAAGCUAAUGAAGGUUUGGUUUUAAAACAUUGUGAUUUCUGCCUGUAUACUACAUUUGCGAUCUAAAAAUGUUUUGAAUUGGUUCUAGAUGAAGAAAUUUUCCAUAAUAGACUUUGAAGGGGAAGAUGGAUUUGAAACCAGCAUUGUCCCGAGCAGCUGGAUAAAGAUGGCGACGGGACAAUGCUAUUGGCCCAAUGAAGGAGAUUCCCAACGAGCGGUUGUUGACUGCCUAGAACCGAAUGCUUCAUGGAGUCUUUAUCCAUUUUCAAGUAUUAAAUACCAGACUGAUGAUUAUCCGAAAGCAGCAGCAAAGCUGAAGUUAUUGCUGCAAGGCUUUUCUGAUAUAGGCAGCAGCACUUCGGAUGGCGGCCAUCAGGGGAACAGACGGAAGCGUCUGACACAAAAAAAAAGGUGGAUGUCUUCAUCUGAUUCAGAUGAAGAUCGAACGUUCUCAGCAAAGCCAUCCAAUAAAAGUUGUGUGGAUGAGAAUGAGCCUCCCCUGACAAUGAGGCUUCCAACACGACAAUUUACUCCCCAUCCAUCAGCCAUAGCGCCAAGGGCUGCUUCUCGACUGAGGCCUGAGGUUCAGCCAUUUGGCAUGCUGCCGCACCCAAGGCCUGAGGCUCAACCGUUCAGCAUGCUUCCGCACCCAAGGCCUGAGGUUCAACCUUUUGGCAUGCUGCCGCAGCCACGUACACCUCAACAGCUAAAUGCACAGUUACGGCCUGGAAGGCCAGCACUGAACAUGUGCCCACUACCUGUAACAUCAUCACCAAACAUGUCUGACUCACUUAAGUCAAGUGAAGAUCACCCUGACUUUGGCUUUGGCAACAUUUAA